AUGCGUCGACAAGUAAUGGGCUUGGCGCUGCGGGCGCUCGUGCCGGAGGCCACCGCAUCGAAGGCAUUGACGGCAUCGGGCAACUUGGCGUCCGGCGUGGGUGCCCUCCAGCAGCCCUCCAGGGGAUUUGCGGAGGCGGCUCCGGCCGGCGAACUGAAAAAGACGCCCCUGCACGACUUUCACGUCAGGAACGGAGGGAAGAUGGUUGACUUUGCGGGCUGGUCAAUGCCGGUCCAAUACGAGGCCAGCGUGAUGGAUUCCAGCAAGCACUGCCGCAGUGCAGCACUGCUGUUCGACGUGUCCCACAUGUGUGGAUUGUCACUCAAGGGCAAGGACGCAAUACCAUUUCUGCAAAAGCUUGUGGUCGGUGACAUCGCUGGGUUGGGGAAUGGCAGGAGCACCCUGAGUGUUCUCACAAACGAGAACGGGGGAAUCAUCGAUGACUCGGUUAUCACCAAGGUGGCCGAUGACGACCUUUACAUCGUUGUCAAUGCUGGACGGAGAACUGAGGACUUGGCACACUUCAAUAAACACCUGUCUGAAAAUUCGCAGAUGAAUGUGGACAUGACUGUUCAUGAUGAUCGCGGCCUUCUUGCACUCCAAGGCCCUUUGGCUGCGAAGGAAUUGUCUGCCCUGGUGGAUACCGACCUUAGCAAAUUCUAUUUUGGCAGUUUUACAAAGAUGAACAUUGCCGGUGUGCCAUGCUGGGUAACAAGAACGGGGUACACAGGAGAGGAUGGCUUUGAGCUGUCAAUCCCUGCUGGGGAGCUGGAAAAUUUGGCAAGCAAAUUCACAAGCUCAAAAGAUGUUUUGCUUGGUGGCCUUGGGGCUCGCGAUGCCCUUCGGUUGGAGGCUGGCCUGUGUCUUUAUGGCAAUGAUAUCACAGAAGAGACUUCUCCCAUUGAAGCCGGGCUUACUUGGACCAUUGCCAAGAGCCGUCGAGACAAAUGCGACUUCCUGGGCGGGGAGGUCAUAAAGAGGCAGCUGGCCGAGGGCGUUGGCCGCAAACGCGUUGGGUUGUUUGUCACUGGCCCGCCAGCGCGGCAGCAUGCAGAGAUCACGGAUGAUGAAGGCCACAAGGUCGGAGAAGUGACCAGCGGAGCUUUCAGCCCGAGCCUGGGCAAACCAAUCGGCAUGGGGUAUGUGAACACCCCGCUGGCAAAGAAGGGCACGAAACUGAUAGUGAAGGUCCGAGGCAAGUCCAACCCUGCAGAAGUGACCAAAAUGCCAUUUGUGCCAGCGAAAUACUACAAGGGGUGA